GCUGAAGUCAGCAUCGACCAGUCCAAGCUGCCGGGAGUCAAAGAAGUGUGCCGAGAUUUUGCUGUCCUGGAGGACCACACCCUGGCUCACAACCUGCAAGAACAAGAAAUUGAGCAUCAUUUAGCAUCGAACAUUCAGCGGAACCGUUUGGUCCAGCAUGAUCUCCAGGUGGCUAAGCAGCUCCAAGAGGAAGAUCUGAAAGCUCAGGCUCAGCUCCAAAAACGCUACAAAGACCUAGAACAACAAGACUGUGAAAUUGCUCAGGAAAUUCAAGAGAAACUGGCUAUUGAGGCAGAGCGACGACGCAUUCAGGAGAAGAAGGAUGAGGACAUAGCUCGCCUUUUGCAAGAAAAGGAGUUACAAGAAGAGAAAAAGCGAAAGAAACACAUUCCAGAGUUCUCUGGAACGAAUGCUUAUGGAGAUAGUUACUAUUAUGAAGAUGGAGACCAGCCAAGGUCAAGGAGGGCCAGGGAAUUGGGUUCUGGAUUCUCAAAGUCUUGUAGAGUCCAGACUGAUGGUGAGACUGUGAAACAGAGGAAAAAGAAACCAAAACAUCCACUGGAGAACUUGGAAGAGAUGGAAGAACAUUGCUCACCAGAGGGAUCCCUGCCGUCGUCUAGCUGGGAUAAAGUGCCGGCUGAUUCCCGAAUUCACAGCGAGCAACGUGAAAGAAAACGGUCUAGUCAGGAAAGACCCCGGAAACCUGCCCUGCCCAAGAUCAGCGGUGAGGUGUUUCUGAGAGCCGAAUGUGAUGACCAGGAGGCUAAAAGUAGCCAUCGAACUCGAAAUCACGAUAAAGAGCCUCGGCACCAAGACUGGCUUUCACCCAAGUCCCCACAGAAAGCAGGGCUUCCGUGCAAGGAAGCUGUGUAUGGGAGGGACCGUGGGCAAGGGGAGCACAGAGGAAGGAGACACAAGCCCAGCACUCCUCCCUCCUCAGAGAGCGAGGAGCACCUCUCCCUCCGUGAUGCAGGAAUGAAGCCAAGAAUAGUAAAAGAAGCUAUCUCUACUCCGUCACGAGUGACCCACAAGGAUCAAGAAUGGUAUGAUGCUGAAAUUGCCAGAAAACUGCAAGAAGAAGAACUUUUGGCUACCCAGGUGGACAUGAGAGCGGCUCAGGUAGCCCAGGAUGAGGAAAUUGCUCGACUUCUAAUGGCUGAAGAAAAGAAAGCUUACAAGAAAGCUAAGGAGCGGGAGAAAUCAUUGGACAAAAGAAAGCAUGACCCCGAGUGGAAGCCAAAAACAACUAAAUCAGUACAUCCAAAGUCCAAAGAGAGUGAUGAACCUCAUCGUUCUAAGAAUGACAGACCAGCACGACCACCACCACCCGCCAUGGCAGAUGCUGAGGAUCUGGAUUACAAUCCCUUUACAAACCAGCAUAGUUCUACACGUCAUUUCUCAAAGUCAGAGUCCUCACAUAAAGGUUUCCAUUAUAAGCAGUAAAAGCCUAGAAACCUGCCUGGAAAAUGGACUCACUGUGGCAGAUAUUACUGGAUGAUGCAGAAUGCAUUCCACACUUACUUUUUUCCUCCUGUGUUUGUACUCCUGGGAUUUAUCCUCAAGUGUGUUUCUGACCAUAAAUAAUUUUAGUUUAUUUCAAAUGUUUUGGUUAUUCCCGAUCACUUGGGCAGUAUAAGAAAAUGUAGCUUCUGAGUCUUGGCCACCUCUAUGCUGCAUAUACUUCCUGGGAUAUAGGAUUCUGAGAGCUCUGUAAAACGCCAUCUUGUUAGGUGUGGAGCAUCGAUAUCCAAGGAUUAGCCUUUAUUUAGCAAUUAACAAUUUUGGAGAUGAAUGAUAAAGAGUAAAACAUAACGGUUAGAUGCAAUUCAGAAUAAAAGAAUAUAGGAAAUAGUUUUUUUGUCCUUUUAAUAUAUGAUAUUUUGAAGGACAGAGCCUUUGCUUUUUGUAUUCUUCAGGAAGAGAAAAAAAUCACAACCAUAAAGUAUUGAAAAAAGAAACACUGGUAGCAGUUGAACUGUGUAAUUCUGACUACGUGGACUAUCGAGAUUUGCCUAUCCUUAUAAACUCCUUAGGAAGAUUGGCCCAGAUGUCAUUCUUUAACACUUUGUCUUUGCUUCAUCAAGAGCAAAGGCUUUCUGAAGCUCCUGGGCAAUGGAGAAUUUAUUACUGUAAACUGACAAAAUGUAAUUUUCUGAAAUUUUGACUCAGGUCUGUGCAAAGUCAACUGAGAAUGAAAAACUUUGUAUCCCCCCCCCUCCUUUUUUUUUUCUUCACAUUUACUUGCAGAGCGAAGGGAAAUGGAAUUGGGAGAUGACUGCGUUGUUUGCGUAAGUGUUGAUGCCAUCAGUCUCUCUAGCUGUAGACUGAAGUUUUUCUCUUGCUUAAAAGACAUAGCAGUAUUUGUUGGCAAUCUCUCACAAAAACACGCUCUUAUGUACCCCUUCAGCUUGAUUUGUUAUUACUUUUUGUUGUUAUGAAUCUGCCAUUUCUGACAUUUUAAUACGGUCUUUGUUUAGGAAUGAAAUACACAGGUGACAAGGAAAAGUUGUUAACCUGUUUGUUUUCUCCACUGGGAACUAUAUUCUGUUUGCCUUAUCUUUCUGCAAGUAGUCUUUAAAGUCAGGAAGUGUUCGGGAGGUUUUUCAGUUUUUCACAAUGGAUUGGCUCUCUCCUUUUGAGAAAGAGCAUUAGUCCCAAAGUUUUUGUAUUAUAGGAAUUGGAAUAAAAGGUAUGUAAGAGUUAAGUUUGGGGCAUAUGAUACUCCAGAAAGAAAUGAAACUCCAAGGGAAAAAGACACUUUGGAGAAAUUUAGGAAAGGAAAAAUAAUAGGACUUUGAAUAACUAUGAUGAAGUGAAUAUUAAAACAAACAAACAAAAUCUUCCUUUGAAUAGGGAAGAGAGACAAAACAGAGGUCCUGACUUCAAGUCAAAUUCCACAUGGUGGUUUCAAUAUAAAAAACUUAGGCCUGUUAACUUACAGUAAUGCUAUAUUUUUUUUAUCUGCCCUGUGAUUUUUGCUUCAUGUUUUUAAAAGUUUUUAAUGGUGACUUUAAAGAAAAAACAGUGUAUUUUUAUUUGAUAAGUAGGCAAAUGGGAAACAUCAUUUGCCAUAUUUUUAUUUGAUAAAUGUUUAUUUUUCUAUCUCAUACAGUGAUCAGUUUUACUUUAAAAAUUCUGCACUUCUCUUGCCUCUCAUGUACUUAAUUCAGUCAUAUUUAUUAUAGCAAAAUGUUAACUGGAGAUAUUUCAUUCAAAAAAGUGUCAGGUCACUUUAAGUGUUACUUAACCAGAGUAUUAGUGUUUCAGCUGUCUUACAUUAGUGACCAAAUGUGGUAUUUCCCUUGUGCUAUCCAGUUUAACAUCUGUAUUCAAAGUUUAUUACUUUUUUUAGGUUUUUAAAAGAUUAGAAUUUUAAAAUAUUUUUUUUGUAAAGCAAAUACUUUUUAAGAACAUCAGAGUAAUUAUUUCCCUAUGAAUAAGGAGAUAGAAACUAAACUCACUCAGUUAAAUCCUCUAUUCCUUCUCAUUCACAUAAUGAAAUAAUUAUCUUUGAGACUGUAGAAACAAUUAACAACUGUGUUUUAUUGAACUGCCACUCUUCCUUUGUGUCCUCUGCUUUUUACUUUGUCAUUUUUUUUAUAUAAAUGUGGAAGCAUUUAUGUUGUUCCUGUGGCUGGAACAUAUGCAAUUUAAUUUUUAGAGCCACAAUGUAUUAUGCUUUACUCUUGUGAUGUAAACUAAUAUUUCUGACAUUGGAAAACUUUUGUUUCUAUAUCUGAUGUCUGGAGGCCAGGCCCCAGUAAAACCAGUGCUGUUUAAUGAGCAGAGUAUGCUAAGGCUAUGUUGGCAUGGACACCACCUCUCCCCACACAUCCUUUUCUAGAUUAUUGCCUAGAAGUAAGGUUAGGGAAGUAUCAGAUUAAAUGUUCUGACUUUAAAAAAAAAAAUAGCAUUCAAACUACUUUCUAGACCUAAUUAUUUUGGCGGGGGUGGGGACUGGACAGUUGCUUCACAUUUUUUAAAAGAACUUUGAGACUUUCAGAAAGUAACUUUGCAUACCUUUAAGUUACUGUUUCUCAAGUGAGUUUAUGACAACCAGCAGCAUACUAAUGAGCUGCAAAAACAAACAAAAAAACAACUGUAAGGUUUUUGUCAUAGGAAAACAUUGAAGUUAGGAAAAACAGAUAUGGAUAGACGCUUGCAGAAGAAAGCUUUUUUAGAAUGGCAGUGGUAUUUGGAUCUAGGUCAGUAUAAUCCCAAGUGGAUGACCCUAGGGCCAUGCAUGCCACUGAACUCACUAGAAAAUUGUGAGCCCAGUUCUUUUCUUUUCUGCUGUGGCCUGAAGCUGAACUGGAUGAUGAAUAAGUUCACAGUUGUUUAUCCCUUUUCCUCAAAGGAUUUUUCAGUAUAAAAAUAAUUAGCUUGUAGCUGACCAUUAUUUUUUUUAGUACUGUCAAAUUGUGUCUGAAUUUUGUCUUGUGCCAAAUUGGAAAUAACCUGCUAUAAUAUGGUGCGGUUUACCACAUAAGUGGUUAACAUUUUAGGGCCUUGAUUUUUAAUUAGUGUUGCCUUUGUAUAAAAAUCACUGGACUAUACCACGAUGAUUCAUUAUUCAAUGCUGAUUUUCUUGAAAGAAAAACUGGUGACUGGCUGCAGGUCUCCCAUCUAAGGCAAAGGAGUAAGACCCCUUUUGGUAAGCAGCUUUUUAAAGUACUGAGGACAGAGUAGAGCUUCCAAGUAAAAGGCCUUUUCUCUUUUGGGAACAUGGUGCGUAUUUAUUUAUACACACACACACACACACACACACAUGUAUACACAUACAUGAAAUACUAACAUUGAAAGGGAGCACUGUCAGGUUGAUUGCACUGUAUGUAGUGUCCCACAGUCUGUUAACAUUUACUUUUUAGAGGCAGUCAUAAAAUAAAUCAAAGCUUGAUCUUUUAGCAAAAAGAAAAAUAAGUUAAAGUACUUUGUCCAAGAAGUGACUAUUUAAAACUGUGGUCCUAUUUUCUUCUCAUCUCUGGUGGUGCCUGUGAGUCUUAAAGCCAUAUCUGCUGAUCUUACUGCUGAUAAAACACAUUUUACUUCUUAGCCCGUAAUAGCUAAGAUGGGCAAAGAGAAGCCAAUUGGAAACUGUCCUGUUAAUGCUGCAUGGGGCAUGAGUGCCAUUCAGCAUCUUGGAGGGAUCUCUCUUAUCCAUGGUGAUACGUAAGAUUAUUAAAGGAAACAGGUAGGCUGCUCCUAGCAUUUAAUAAAUGUCAUUAGAAAUGCCAAAAUUUAAUUCUAGAGAUGUCAAGAAGGAAAGGGUAAACUGGGAAAAUCUCACUGCCGCCGAGUCACUUUUUUCUGUGAGACCUGCACUUUAUGCCAGCAAUGUCUGUGAGGAGCAAUAUUGCCUUAAAUUAGUUUGACUCUGACCAAGGUCAAUGGACUUUCCUUCCUCUAGGUGGACAGCGGUCAACUCUCCGUUAAGAUAUACAAUUCAGAGGGCAAGGAUCUCCAAGGAUCCUUGUCGUUAGGAAUUUUGGCCCUACUCUUCCACUGAGCUGUGACUGACCCGUAAGUAACACCGUGCACACGUUAUUCUAUUCUGGCUUGCCUUCCAGCCUCUGAAUAAGCAGUGGCACGAUGCGAAGACUUACAGGACAGUGGCAGUUUCCUGGCCAGAGCCUUCCUUACCAGAUGAUCACUUUCUGAAUAAGUGAGAGUUGACCAUCCCCUUCUUCUGUGUAGACUGUUUCUGUGUAGAAAGUAUUUGCAAAGAUUCUAUUGUACAGUGAAGGCAUUCAGAUUAUUUGUAAAAAAUUUACCAACACCCUUGUGUAGUCAAGUGUUUACCAUUAAUAAAAAAGAAAACCAAACAAAAUGGAGACAUUUACUUGAAAUAAGAGGUUUGUUGGUAUGAAGAGUAUUUCUGUAUUAUUACUUUUAUGAGAAAACUAACCAGGAAACUUACUAUGGUAAGGAAGACACUGGAGUGGUUUUGAAAGGUUCUGUUUGAUUGCCACAAAUUAACAAAAUUAUGUAAGUAAUCAUGGUAAUUCGUGGGACUCUUUGGCCCUAAAAACCGUUCUCUUUCUCAUACAUAGGAGUACUACAUAGUAACAUGUUCCAAAUAGUUUUAAUAUGUUUCUGUUAGAUUUAAUAUGCUUUUGUGUAUUCUCAAAAAACUAGAAAAUGUUUUUCUCUUUUGAGUAACUUCAUUGCAUCCGAGCUAGCACUGUGCUGGUUCCAGCAUUUCAGAUAAGGGCAGAAUUGAUUCUAUAACUUAGAGCCCCAUUAUUUAUUGCUGAGGUUCAUAUAGAAAGAGUAAAAGAAUUGAAAUACAGAAUUUGAGUGGCAUGUCCUUCACAAAAGAACAAGAAUUAAGAGUAGUGAACAAAAGACAUUUAAGAAAAUAUACUAUGACAUAUCAUAUAUUUAGAAUAUGUUUUUGUUGCAGUCAGUUUCAGACCCUAAUUGCUAAAAUAGUUUCUAGAUGUUAAAUUUUAUGAGAAGGUUUACAAUGUCAGAAUUUUUGUACUUCUGAUUGAAUUAGUGUCUGAAAUUCCCAUAGGCAUAGCUUCAGCUCUUACUUUAAACUUAAAGUCACAUGCCCUUUCUCAGAAAUAGCUAUAUUUUUCACCUCCGUCUUCAGGCAAUCCAAUAUUCAUUUUAUGAGGUAUUAUAAAUAAUGAGAAAGUAUAGUGGGGAGAAAGUUUAUAAAAGUGACAUUUCAAAAUGAGAAUUCUCUGUGAUGGAGUGUCCCUUAAGAAUCUAUCCCUGCACAGUGUGUAUUUUGAAUAGGUGCUGAAUUAGAAAGUGUAAGAGUUUGUUCAUAAAAAUCAAGUUGCUCAGGAAAUUUGAGGUGGUGCAGUCAUUCGUCUUAUAAUUUUGAAAAGUGAUCUCUCUCGAGAGAUUACGUAGUGCCCUGGCACUUGCAGAUUCCUUGAUUAGAGCCCUUUUGACAUUUGGAAUGUGGAUAUGUUUAUGAAAUAAAUGUGACAUUAUCCCAAGUGCUCCUCAAUUUACAGCCAAGCUCCAGAGAGAAAGGCAGCUUUGAAAUAAUUAUUUGAUGGAACCUAACAGAAUCUUGGUGGACGAUAGUUGUCUGUCGUCACAGAUAGUUGUCUGUCGUCACAGAUAGUUGUCUGUCGUGACAGAACACAAAGAGGUCACCUCAAACCAUAUGCCUAUCUAGAGAUUAAGUGAAACUGUGAGGGACACUUUGUGGAUGCCUUAACGGUGUCCCCUGGAGGGUAUAGCUCACCAACGUGGACUAAGCUGGUGGAAACAGUCUAUUUCCAUUCACCUCCAUAUAGCACAAGUUGUUCCUGCUCAUGACUCUUUGAGGAUCAUGAGAAUUGUGGUGCUGGUGAGUUCCGUGUGUCCUGGGAGGUUGAGAUGGUCAGAGUCAUUAAGGCACUCUCCAUUGUUCAAGCCUCUCUCAAAUGCCAAUCAUACAUAUACAUCAGUUCAUCUAUGCAAGCUUGUGUUUUCAUGGUUUUGUUUUUUACACCUUAUAUCCCAGUUGAUUUUGUAAGCAUUGUCAGUAUGAAUAUUUUUUAAACCAAAGUCUGUGUGCUUAGUUCUCCUGAAUGGUUUGACUGAAGUAAAUACCAAUCUUGUCCUCUCUUAAUAAAGUCAUUCAUUUGUUCGGUA